GUGGCCGAAAGAAGAAAACCGCCAAGAAAGCUGCCCCAGCCAAAGCGAAGGCCGAAGGCAAAGGAAAAGAGCAGGUAAUUUUCUCAGAACCACCUCAGCACACAGAGGAUGAGGAGUGGGCCUCUGAGAGAACCGACAUAGAGAAGACCGAGGAUAAUAGAACGGUCAAUGAAGACGGUUCGGCCCAGAGCCCCAAUGAUGCCGCACCAAACACCAACCCUAAGACCACCGAGGGUGGAGAAGAGGUUGAUAAAGAAGCCGAUGAUGAAGGCGACGACACAGAAAGGGAGGAGGCCGAAGAAGCAGAGGCCGAUAGGAUAGCUGGGAAACUCCUUCAAGGCAUUAGAAGAAGAGCCGAGUCGGUUGAAGAACUAUACCUGGAGUGGCACGAGCACCGGUUUGAUACACCGUAUAGACAAAUUCUACCGGGCCACACAGAUGAGCAAUGCAUAAACAGACCGAAGGAAGUGGAGGACCUGAUGAUGAACAUUACGAACUCCAACACACUCCAAGAGGAUAGAUCCAACAGAAUAGUUGAUUCGGCCCUCAAGUUCGCCGACGUCACAAGGCAUCUUCUAGAGAGAAAUCAAGAACGGUUCUCAGAACUCGGCGAAAGUCUGCAGGAAGAAGUGGUUCAGCGCGAUAAAUGUGUUCAGCGAACAGCAAUUCUGGAGGACGUGACCUCCGAUUUAAAGAAAGACUUCGACCGGCUUGAAAGAGAAACCGAUCAACGGUUGACAUCGAUGAGUAAUGAUCUGGUCGGCACGACACUUGACCGGGUCUCCAAACUCGAGAAGACGAAUAAGAAUCUCGUGGCCGAACUGAAGGCGCUUUCCGAACAAAUGGCCGAAAUUCUAAGGGCAAAGGUGAACGCGGAUGCCGCGGCCAUAGCGGCUGAUGCUGAAACGGCUAAAAGGAUCCAGGAUGCGCUGGAUGCCGAAGCAGGCAAAGAUAAAGAGGCACCGCGCUCAUCUAAGCUUACCGAAGAGGAAGAGGAAGCCGCGCGGAUUAAAAAGGCUAAGGCCAUAUUCCCAGGGUUUGCUGAGAAAGUAGUCACUCAAGCUGCGGAGGAUGCCGCACGUUGGAAAGGCAAAAACGGAAACUGGAAGAAUUCGCCGAAGAAAACAGAAGAAGAAGGUGGCCGCCUCCGCCUCAGCGCCGAAAAAGCGGAAGAGGGAGGCUCCUAA